AUGUCUCAUUCACAAGAGCACACUUCGUUAUGGUGGCCCGAGGAACGAAUCAAGGCCACCCUCACUGCCAAGUAUAUCGUCAGCCGCCUGCAGCCGGAGAAUAUUCCGCGCCUCUUCGAAUUACCCGACUGGGGUGAGGGCUUGACCAGCGAAACGUACAUGGAAUGGAUCAUUCUCAAAGCCGGCCGUGUGUUUCUGAUCCUUGAUGCGAUCGGCAUUCCCGAUCGCAUCUUCGCGUUGGUCAAUGAGUCUUGUGACGAUGAUGAUCUGCCUGUCGCCGAGCACAGUGUCGAUCUUUUGCAUCUGUCACCGUAUGGCGAGGACCUCGCGUUAGAACAGCGCUUCUUUCAUGCGCAAUGGCGAUUCCUGGUCCGUGGUAUCGGUGAUGGAGAGCAUGUCGUCUAUACUGAGAACGAGGGCGUCCCUGUCGAGGCAGUGCGAACCAACACCAGCAGCGGCGUUCAUGGCCGUGACGACACGGUCGACAGGGUCGUCCUCGCAGGCUCCCUCUGCCGUGUAUACAUGCGAACUCAAGUCCAAGUUGGCGGCGCACCUCACUUCUUCUCAGCGGAUGAGGUCCUCGCCGAAAUUCGCAAGUUGAAAAAGCUGUCCCAUGAACACCUCAUCUCAGUGUACGCAUCGUACCUCAAAGAAGACAAUGUAUGCAUCCUCUUCACUGGCGCCACCGCAGAUCGAAACCUCCACAGUUUCCUGACAGACGAGCCGCUGUCCUUCAAGCGCUUGGAAAAAGAACAGCGUCGUCAGAUCUUGAUCACCUGGCCACACUGUCUGGCAUCAGCGGUCUCCUGGCUGCAUGCCCGCGGCUACUCCCACGGCGCAAUCCGCCCAUCAAACAUUCUCAUCGACGCCGAUUUCCACAUCUGUCUGGGCCAAUUCCAAGCCCUCGACUCUCUCCUUGCACCACCCCAUGUAAACGACCUAGAGGCCUACAACUAUUCAGCACCGGAGCGAUGGAUCCGCACCGCCGCACCAAUUGCACCUCAAAAGCCUCAACAAGUCCAGACAAUCCAAGCCUCAGGAGGGCGUACGAAGCGCCGACAAAAGCCAGCCCGCCUGGCCCUCGCACCUCUAAGCGAAAGUCCACUUUCCUCCCCAGAUCAUACACGACCAGACUCAGCCGCAUCAAAAGGCACCGUCAUCCGCAUUGGACUCCCAGGCUCGCCAUCGCGCUUCUCAAUCGCCUUCUCAUCCUCUUCAUCAUCAACAGCCUCAACAGCAUCUUCCGGUCCAAACAGCCAACCUUCAAACCCAGGCACCAAAAAGCACCGCAUCUCAUCCCUCUGGCCCAGACGCAAACCACCCUCAAUCACCUCCUCAAACUCCUCAUCAUGCAAUUCAAACGCAACCUCAACCUCAGCCUCAACUUCAACAUCCACCCCCUCAAUUCCCCCUUCCCCAUCAUCCCUACACCCAAAUAUCAACAUCCCACCAAACACCCUCUCCCCAAACACAAUCCCCCUCCGCCACUCCCAAUCCGCCCAAUCCCUCACAAGCUUUACCUCUAGACCCCAAAGCCAAGCCCCCUCAAUCGCACCCCCAUUCCCCGCAUCCCCAACACCAGGCCCACCCCAAUCACCAGCAGACCUCUUCUCCCUCGCCGCCGUAACCCUCGACAUCCUAACAACCCUCCACAAACGCACCUUGCAAUCCUUUGCAUCCCACCGCAGUGCCCGGAACCGCUCAGCGGGUCGCGGCGGCGGAAUCGCAGAUGCGAGCUUCCAUCUCGCGCGCAAUGCGGUGCAGGUGCAGAGUUGGAUUGCGUUGUUGGAGGGUGAUGCGUUGAAGCGGUGUCGGAGGGAUAGGAGGUCCGAUGCGGCUUUUUGGGCUGUGCCGAGGAUGUUGAUUGCUGUUAGGGCUAUGUUGGAUUCUGAGGCUGGGAAGAGACCGCUUGCGAGGAGGGCGAGGAGGUGUUUUGCGGCUGCUGUUGAGAGGGGUGGAGGGAAGGGGACGUUGGUGGUUCAUUGUUUGAGGGAGGGGAAGGAGAAGGAGAAGGGGAAGGAUGAGAAGGUUAAAGAGGUUAAGAGGGAGGGAUUGGAGGUUAUUCAAGAGAAUGGGAAGAGUGGUGUGUAUGUUGCGCCAUCUGUUGUUCCGUCGGAGUCGGCUUCUGAGUUUGAUUUCGGGUUUGGGGAUGCCAGUGGGGAUGAAAGCCACACUCAGGAUGAGGAUGAGAUUGAAGAUGAUGAGGAGUCAAUUAUUGAUUGCGGUAUUGUUCCGGAAGAGAUGGAGGAAAUUCACGUGCCAGAAGAAGAAGGCACUCAUGAGACGGAGAGUGAAGACGAACAUUAUGAAUCAGGAUAUGACUCCGAGCCUGAUAUACGGGUCCAGCAGGAUUCGCCUCAAAUUUAUCUGCCCGAGUUGGAUGUGAACAUCACGGGGAUGGAAGGGUUGACGUUUAAUGAUUUUAGUCGGUGA